GAGCUUAGUUGUCAGAAUAUGUCAAAAAUGUAUUACUUCAAAACAAACUGUAAUAGUUUAAACAUGAGAAAUUAAAUAAUAUUAUUUAAAAUAUUUAUGUAAUAAAAGGACUCAAUUCUCAGUAAAAAUGAAAUGUCAUAUACCAGGGCCCAACGUUAAAGUUCUAGGUAGAACGAUACAUGCCUUAGCAAGAUUCGGGGACGAAUUAUAUUUGGAAUCUUUGUCCGAUUGUAUACUUUUAAGGACUCUUAAUGCUGCUGAAAGUGCCUAUGCUAUGGUAAAAUUUAAUAAGAAUUUUUUUUCUUAUUUUAACUACAACUUUUAUUCAACUGAUGAAAAUGAAGGUCUAAAAUGCAAAAUAUCUAUGAAAUCUGCAUUAAAUACCUUUAAAUCUCCUACACAUAUGGAUAAACAAGUUGAAAAUCUUGAAAUAAAACUUGAUCCAGUAUCAUGUAAAUUAAUAUUCCAACUAAAAUGCAAGCAUGGCAUAGUUAAAACACAUUAUGUGUCCACAUUAGACUGUAAAGCUAUGCAAGCAAUUUACACCAAAGAUCUUGUGCCUAACAGGAUAACAUCUUCCCAAAGAAUGCUUACUGAAGCUCUUAGUAAUUUUCAAAAUUCAGAUGACCAGGUAACAUUGGAGGUAUCGUCUCAAUCCCUCUUAAUGCGUAACUACAUUGAUUCUAAUUUGGAUUUAUGUAAAAUAAUCAGAACUCAGAUAAAUAUCAAACCAUCUGAAUUUGAUAGUUACAUGAUAGGAACUGAAACAAUAAUCACAUUUACUCUCAAAGAGUUCCGAGCAUUGUUAGCAUUUGCAGAAGCUUUAAGCCUACCUCUCCAACUGCACUUUGAAGUGACCGGAAAGCCUGCAGUUUUUAUUGUACAUAAUGGAAGUACUUUCGAAGCACAUUUUGUGCUAGCAACAUCAAAACCAGAUGUGGCAACACAGGCUUCAACACAAGCUAGCUCUCAAAUAGAUAAGAAACGAAAAGAAAAUUUUAGUUCUCAUGAAAGAUCCGCAAAGAAGAAACCCCAUAUGGAUGUAGAAAUAAGAAAAUGUUUAGAAGAUGAUUCACAUUUAUUUAAUGAUAUUGAAGUACCAGAAGAUGUAUGCACAGAAAAAGGACAAAAUGUUAGCCAGGCACAUUUUGUUGAGCGAAAUAUGGACUGUGAUGAUAUUCCUGCCUCUCCAACAUCUCGGAUUAAAAUAAAAUCUGUAUUUAAAAGAUGCUUUGAAAGCACUUUUGAUCCAAGAAGUAUACAAGGAGUAGUGCUAGCUGAGAAUUCUGAUAGUGACUAAGUUCACUAAGCAAAUGUGUAAAUACAGAACUUUAAUAAUUUAACUGUUAUUACUAAUAAGUGUUAAACUAAUAAAAUAAUAAAAAUGAAAUAACCUUU